UCCCCUUUAGGAGCAGGAAGCUGUUUGGAAGCACUUGGAGCUAAUAAAGCUCUCCUCAUUGUGGUCAAUGACAAAUUAAUGGACAAUCACCAGUUGGAGCUUGCAAAGAAGCUGCAGGCAGAUUCACAUCUAAUUUACUGCACUUGCGGUUCUCUGCCUCAGACUUUGAGGGAAAUUGACCUAUCUGCAUUGACAACCUACGUGCCUGGUCAACCUCAGAAAUUCGCCAACUUUUUAGAUAAGACCAUUGGACUUGUCUGA